AUGCUUCCCUACAUCAUCCGGCCUAGGCAUAUUAAGCCGAACACCAAGCCGACAACCUUGGAAGAGCUACCCCAUCCUGAAUAUUCCAAUACCUACACCUCUCUUAUCCCCAAUCCCCAAUCCCAAAACCCAACCCAAAGCCAUGACCAACCAAGAGAACAUGCGGGGCAAUCCCAACUCCAACACCAACCAAACCCAAACCUCCAACACUCCAGCCCCAGCCCCAGCCCCAGCCCCAUCACCCUCAACCUCAAACAUCAACCCCUCCAACCAACCCCCUCCCAACCCCGCGCACCCCGCGCCCCCUCGCUAGCAACCCGCAUCCAAACCUCCGCAACAGGCCUAGCAAAAAGGCGCAUUCCAACCGAGCUCCGACCUCGCCAACACCCUAGCAUCAAGCACGAGCAGCAAACAAGCCGGGAUAUCUCCGCACAAACACCGCAGCAUGGAGCCCCCGGUUCCGGUUCCGGAUCUGCAUCUGCAGCGCAAGCCUUCCGGGAACACGAUGCAUAUACAUCGACACCGGGUGGAUUCGCUCUACCCGCCUUGACGGAAGACGAGUUCCAGGGAAAUGUAUACGGGUAUGAUGGGAUAGGACUGGCAAAUGAGAGAGAGACGGAUCUGCUACGCACAAACACCACAACAACUACAGACACAACUACAAACCAACCCCACGAAGACCUCCAAACCCCCUCCUCAACCUGGAAAGGCAAAGCCCGCGCCCACGACCCAACCCAACACCAAUUCGAAACCGUCUGGCAGCGCCAAUGGCACGACCAACUCAACCCGCAGACAACAUCUACCCCAGCCACAGACGGUGCAGCCGUCGUCUCCCUGCUAUCCGAUGCAAACUUCGACCCGAAUUUCGAGGAUCCGACGACUGUACCGGAUACCGAGAUUGAUUUCGCCGCUGCGCCGGCCCCGCUUUCUGCAGCCGAGAGGGAGACGCUUGAUUCUUUCCGGAAGGGGUUGGGGUUAGAUGAGGAGAGAAGCGAGGAGAGGGGACGGUUAACGGGGGCGAGUCUUGUUCCUGAUAUUGAUGUCUUUUUGAGUCAGGGUGUUGGGAGUGGGAUUGGGAUUGGGGAGGGGAAUGCUACGGUUACGGGUUCUAGUUCUACUUCCCUCCGCGAUGCUGUUCUAGCGAACCUUCCUGGUGCGGGUGAUUGGGUUGGUGUGCAGGAGAGGUAUCAUGAUGAGGUUUGGGGGUUUUUGCAGCCUGUGCUUGAGGAUGCGAGAGCUGAGAUUGAGGAGAAGGGGGUUGGGGAGGAGGGUUUGGGGGCUGGGGAGGAUGGGCCUGCUGUGAGGAGGUUGAAGAUGAUUUUGAUGCAUAUGAAGGGGUGA